AUGAACAUAUUAGAACAAUCAGCAAAUCAAUACUAUUCGACAAGUCCCAACACAAACCAAAAUAUACCGGCUCGGUCAACCUCUGUACCAUCGAAUGUACCAAGAAUCCAAAAUUUGUCACCCUCAUUUCCUCCAAAUAAUAACAACUCAACUUCAAUAUCAAUUACUAACCAAUUACAACUCUAUUUAUCACAGCAAGAAGAACAGUCUGUUAAUAACAGUACCAAUUUAAGCUCUAAUUUUUAUACAAUAACACAAUACAUUCUACAAUCAUAUUUCAAAGUUGACGUGGAAAGUUUACCAUCAUUAAGAUUGGUUGAUUUAAUCGUAGACCAAACGUAUCCAGAUUCCUUAACUUUGAGAAAAUUGAAUGAUGGCUCAUCCUUUCAAUCUUACGAAUAUUUUAACACCGUCUCUAGAGAUCCUGAUCUUUCUAGGUGUCCGAUCUUUUCAUUAGCCGUCUAUUUUGUAAUACGAUGGAGCCAUCCAAAUCCUCCAAUAACUCUGAACAAUUAUAACACUAUAAGGCUCCUAGAACAAGAUUUGAUCUCUUUUGACCUGAACCCAGCCGUAUACAUACAAAACACUUUAAAUGCCACGACAAACUCUUCAAUUAAAGUACCGCGUUCUGGAAACUUUAACCCUUCAAAUGAUUUGAUUAGCUCAGUGUUCCCAUGGCUACCUUCUUUCCGCCAAGAUGUGCUCUUACACGAUAGGACAAAUUAUAAUUUACAUUCUUUAUGUGAAUUAUUUGAAUUUAUGGGUAGAAUUAUCAUUCAGGAUUUAAAAUAUUUAAAUGAACACGCUCUAUUAUUACCGAAUAUUGUUAAAUUUAUUUGCCAAUUUAUUCCAGACCUGUUUCAACGUGAUGAAUUUAAAGGUGUUCAAGUAACUGAUAAGAUCGAUAAUAAUGCAAUCAAUCCAAUAACUAAUAACAUGAAGAUAGCCAACGAUACAAGUAAUGUUAACCAAAAUACUGGUAAUGAUAGCUAUCCCUUUGCAGAGAAAGUCGAGUCACAUUUUCUUGAACUAUCAAAAAAAUUGACUACUGAGAAUAUACGAUUGAGCCAGCAAAUCACUCAGUUGAAAGGUGAUAUGAAUUCUUUAACUUCUGUUUGCAGUCAAAUAUUACAAUUACAAAGACAAUUGUUAUCUGGUUCAAUCCCCGACACCAGCUUACUCAACACUAUUACGCAUAGCAGAGAAAAUGGAGAGACAGCUGGCCAACAGAAUAAACCUGGGGGAAUUAUUAUACUUGAUAGAGAUUCUUUUAAUCCACAGUUUUUCAACAACCUCUUCCAGUCUAGUGACGGCUCACAGAAAUCUCGCUCCCAAACUGCAUAUACAAAUAAAAAUUCUACUAAUACUCCGACCCUAGCACCAAUUACCCCAUAUCCAAACUUCAAUAAUCCUGUUUCACCAAUAGUGGAACCACCACAACAACAGUCGCAAUCUCGAGUAGUAGCUGACCUGAUAUCGCAAGAGGCAGCAAAUAUGAAGAGGUCAUUAUAUCAGAACGUAGCUCAGAAAAGAAAACUACCCACAGCGAUUCCAGCGAAUCCUACUGUCACAAGUCCAUUUUCUCCACCUCCAGAUAUGUCGAUUAACUGGCCAUUUUCUAAACGUGCAAGGGUAGAAGAUAAACCAACACCCUCUAAGACUGCCCUAAACUCUCUUUUAUCAAGAUCUAUUCCUAGCCCAAAGUUGGGAAUUCCAGUAUUUAAUUCAACAAAUGUAAACAAUUUUGAGUCCUCCCAAGGAUUCUUCAUAGAUAGUCAGCCUGAAACAGAAAUCAACGAACCUGGUACUAAUACAGAAUUUUCAGUGAAUAAUACGACCGAUAUUGAUGCUUCGAAGGUUGACACUGUUAAUAAACUCGCGGAACAGAUUGAUGUUGAUGAAAAAGAGAGAUCAGAUGGUGCCACUACCACUAAUAUGGAAAUUGGAAUUGACGAACCAAACCAAAAUCAAACUUCAACGGUCCUCAUCGAAGAAGGUGUAGGUCAACCUACUAUAGAAACUGUAACUGAAGCGAUCACAUCUGCAGAAAAGUCCAAUAAUAUGGAAAGCUUGCUGAGGGCUACUCGCAUGAGCGAGGAUACAGAACUGCCAGAUGCAAACUUGACAGAGGAGUCUGGUCGAAGUGGAGUGAAUGACACGACAAGCCGAGAUAAUAAAGAGGCACCAUCUUCCGGUGGCGAUGUGGGCAUUAUCACAAAUCCAGGGAACCUUUCUCAAAUAAAGAUGAUAGACACAAUAAAAACGCAACAGGCCUCUAAAGGAACAAACCACAAGUCGGUUGAUCAAACAACAGAUCAUAAACAAGGUAAAAAAUCUGAAAAGCGAACUGAUAUUUUUUCGAAGCCAAAUCCAAAUGAAAAUAUUAAGUACAAACUUUCAAGAGAAAAUAAAACUAUAUGGGAUUUGUACGCAGAAUGGUAUAUUGGGAUAAAUGGUAAACCAUCAAUCAAGAAGCUGAUUGAUAUGUAUGGAUGGAGAAGAUGGAAAGUUACUGAGGAUUCUCAUUUCUUUCCUACUAGAAGAAUUAUUAUGGAUUAUAUCGAAACAGAGUGCGAUAGAGGCAUUAAAUUGGGUCGUUUCAAUAAACUUGGACAACCAAGGGAAGAUACUAGGAAAAUUAUUGUGAGUGAUUUGGAAAAAUUCAGAAUAAAUAGUGGGUUAACUUUGAACUCCUUGUCUCUAUAUUUCAGGAGAUUAACAAGACACAAUAAAGAAAUUUGUAUUUUCAAGGAUUUCAAGAAUUGGAACGUGAGAAUAAUGCCUGAAGAAGAAAAACUAAAAUACUGCAAAAGAAAACAUGUCCCAACAAGAUCAUCUCAUUCACAUACUUCAAGCUCGAGUAUAAUAAACAUCGACCCCGAACGAUCUGCCAAAAUAUCAGAAAUUCCACUCCAUAAAGGGCCAAAGCCUCCAUUGUUGCUAAAUGGGACGAGAGGAAAGAAAAUGAACAUGAACACCGCCAAUAAAGAGCAAUCAAGUGGCACUGUCCCUAACAUUGUCUCCAAUGUAGAGGGAACGGCAGAAAAGGAACCUGCAUCAACGUCGACCACACUAAACUCCGAACCUCAACAGGAUCCGAACAACGCUAGCAGUGAUUCUAAUGAAGACAAUAGCAACGAUGAUGAACCCACUACUAACGAGAACAAAUAA